GCAUUUUAAGUGUAAUUAAGCUGAAAAUUAAAGUGUAACUUGGCAUUACUGUUGCUUUAAUUAUUUUUCUUUUGAGAGAAAAAAAGUUCUAUGGGGCAUGAAGAGCCAUAACGACUCAAUUGAUUUACUUUCAAAUGUUGAUCUUUUAAAACAAUACUUAUUUAUUACUACCCUUUUAUUUUGAAAUGGAUUGAGCAUCCAUGGAUAAUCUUAGAGCUUAACUUGAAUGGGCUGUAGUUCAAGGUAGGGAGCUGAAGUUAAAUAUUACAAUAGAUCAUAGCUCCCUGGGUGAAUGGUCUAUGUUGUUCAGAUUUGCCAUGACCCAUCUUGAGCUUUUUCCUUAUUGGCUGUAGUUCCUUUCAAGUUAGAAAUUCUGUCACAACAGAAAUGUGAGACCAAAGGUAAUGAUAAUUCACCUUUUCCAGAGAAAUUAUGUUCAUUUCCAGGAACCUCAGUGCAAAUUUCGAAUUUUACCAUUUCUACGCAGAAUCUUGUUAUUGCAGAAUAUUAAUUUGUGUUCUGUUUUGCCACUAUAUAGCUUGAGGAUGAUUAACAACAAGAAUUCUGGGACGGUAUCUAUAUAUACAGUGGAUUCUAAAACUAGUAGCUCUUCACUGGAAUUUCGUUGUCCAACAAUUGAGAAAGCUUGCAAAUGUCAGCAUAUUACAGUUCAUACUGUCACAUUGUCUUCUCCUUCUACUAUAAUCUCUUGUGUAGAGAAGGUACCUCAAGGUGAAACAUCUUCAAAUAUUACUGUUGCUGAUUCAGAACAUGGACACCCAAAGUCGUAUGAUGAGUCGACGACAUCUACGGUCUUGCGAGAUGUACAUAUACCGACAAGGUUGAUGGAGGAUUUUCUUGAACUUUCUAAAGACAACACAGACAAGGAUCUGGAAACCUGUGGCAUUCUUGGUGCCUCUCUUAUGCUUUAUGUUUGCAGGUUUCACCAAUAUUUCUGCAAGGAAGAAGGAGUCUUUUAUGUGACCACGCUUAUCAUACCCAAACAGGAAUCAACUUCCAGUUCUUGUCAGGCUAUAAAUGAGGAGGAAGUUUUUGCCAUUCAAAAUGAGCAAUCACUCUUUCCUGUGGGUUGGAUCCAUACACAUCCGUCCCAAACUUGUUUCUUGUCAUCAGUAGAUGUGCACACUCAGUACUCAUAUCAGGUAAUGGUACCUGAGGCUUUUGCCAUUGUCAUGGCUCCGACUGAUACAUCGAGGAGCUAUGGAAUAUUUCGGCUAUCUGACCCUGGUGGCAUGAGUGUGCUGAAAGAGUGCCAAGAGACGGGAUUUCACCCUCACAAAGACCUCGCAGAUGGAAGUACCAUUUACGAGGAUUGCUCUAGUGUCUAUAAAAAUUCAAAUCUGAGGUUUGAAAUAUUUGACUUGCGCUGAUAUGCCUGCACUGAAAAUAGGAUUCUCCAUGUUUGUGCACAGUUGACUGGUUUGUAGGAAUUAGUAAACAGGGCCAGACCUGAGCUACACCCCGGAGCAGAGGUCAGCUCAGGCAUGCGUCUCCCGUAACAGUAGUACCUGUAGUUAGCCCAAGUGGUAAGGGUGAAUUUGUGUGCAUGAGCGCUAUGUUACAGGUUAGAUUCUCCUUGGGAUCAAUUGCGAUCUAUGUGGGAGGCCAUGGCGGUGGGUUGCUUCAUGAGUCUUUCCAGGGGUUUAGAUUCCAUGGGUGAGUCCUAAGGGUUCUGCCGUGAGGUGGUUCCCCGUCAUAAAAAAAAAAAAAAAUAGUACCUUCUCAAUGUUCACAUUAAGAUUAUGAUUCAAUAGCUUGUAACAAUAAUUACAUAAAAUAUUUGAGAAGUGUGUUUAGUAGAAGUUUCUGAGUUGGAUUGUGUAGCAUUGCUAUUUCAGUUUAACGGGUUUAGCUGGGAAAGUUCUCGAUAUAAAGUUAAUUUGAAUAUCAUAUGUUGUAGAUUGAACCUGAAUAUCAAAGUUCUCGAAAAUGACUCUUUUAAUUUUAAA